UGCAAAAAAGAAAUGCCGAAUAUGAUUGGGUGUGCGAUAUGUCAAGAAGGGUAUUACAGACAACAAAGUGAUUGUGUUCAUUGCCACUCUACCUGUGCUGUUUGCAAAUCACUCGAUUCGUGUAUUACAUGCAAAUCGGGAUUCUUUUUGAUACCCUCAGAACAAUUACUCUGCCAAGAUUAUUCAAAUCUUGUUGGAUGUGUAGAUAAGACAGAAUUUGGUUGUAAACGAUGUGAAGUUGGGUAUUACUUGGAUUCAAUAUUUCCUCGUUGCAAAACGUGUAUUGAAAAUUGCUCAAUGUGUUCAGAUCAAUUGUCGUGUAAUUCGUGUCAACAAGACAACAUUAAUGUUAAUAACAAAUGUGUCCAUUUUACUACCAUUGAAUUUUGUAUAGAGUCGUUUAAUAGUGAAUGUUCCAAAUGUGGUCAAGGUAAAAAACUCAGUUAUGACAGAAAAUUAUGUGAAGACACAACUAAUACGGUUUUAGCUAUUAGUCUAUUAGUCACAUUCGUUGUUAUGCUAAUCAUUAUAGUCUUUGUAUUAUCAUUUGUUUUAUACUUCUUGUACCUUUACUUUAGAAACAAAAAGAAAAUGCAAAAUGUUUGUGUUUUUGAUAUGAAUAAAUCAAAUAUCCCGUUUUAUGGAAUAAAUGAAUGGCUUGUAUCUAACAAAGAAACAAUUAUUUUUGCUGGAGAUGACAAUGAAAGUAGUGAUAUACCAGUUGGUCAAGAAACGCGCGAAUUGUUGUGUGUUGGAAACAAGUCGAAAAAUCAAAUAAAAAUACAAUUCAGUGUAAUAAAAGGUUGUGAAAGUUACAAUAUCAGAACUGAACCAACAUUGGUGAUUUUAAAGAAGGGAGAAGCGUGUGAAUUUGAAAUAUUUAUAACACCAUUGUGUUCAUGUAAUAUCGAAGAUAAAAUAGUGUGUAUCGGUCUAGACAUUCAUAAAGGAAUUGAAAUGGUCGAACAAAUAUCAAUAAGUGCAAAAACACAGAUGACAACACGCCUAGACUAUCAUGAGUUGCAUGAAGAAAAAAGACUUGGCGAAGGUUCGUUUGGAAUUGUGUAUUUAGGUGAGUUUAGAGGGUACAAAAUUGCGAUCAAGAAAAUGAAAGAAGGGUGCAACGAUGAUAUAAAAAUCAAAGAAUUUGAAAAGGAAGUUAAUAUGUUGGACAAAUUCAGAAGUGACUAUUUAGUCCACUUUUAUGGCGCUGUCUUUAUUCCAAACAAGAUUUGUAUGGUCACAGAAUUUGCUCAAUACGGAAGUUUAAAUGACUUGAUGAAGAACAAUAAAAAUGUCAUACAAGAAGAAAUGAAAAUGAAGAUUAUAAAUGAUAUGGCAAAUGGGUUACUUUACUUGCAUAAAAAUGGGAUUGUACAUAGGGAUAUCAAGCCUGACAAUUUAUUGGUAUUUUCACUUGAGACCAAUGAAAAGGUUAAUGCCAAAUUGACUGAUUUUGGAAGUGCUCGAAAUAUCAACUUACUGAUGACUAAUAUGACAUUUACAAGAGGAGUUGGAACACCAGUAUAUAUGGCGCCUGAAAUUUUAAAGAGAGAAAAGUACAAGAUGAGCGCUGAUAUUUACUCGUUUGGAGUAACAUUUUAUGAAACAUUAAAGUGGGGAGAAGCGUAUGACAAAGAGGAAUUUAAGUUU